AUGUGGGCAGACGUCCCUCCUAGCGCGGGCGCGCAGGCGCGGAGAACGAAGAAGGAGGCGUCCUCCUCGCAGAGCGAAGGGGAACCCGCGUCCCCUCUCAAAGCGAAGGAUCAAUGCGGCCCCUCGCAGAGCGAUGGAAAGUCGACCCCCUCGCGGAGAGCGAAGGCUGCGCCCCAUCGCAGAACGCCGGGAAGCCGCCCCUUCUCAAAGCGGACGAUAAAUGCGCCCCCUCUCAAAGCGGAGGAUGGAUGCUCCCCCUCGCACAACGAAGGAGGCGUCCCUCACGGAGAGCGAUGGAAAGUCGCCCCCUCGCAGGACGCUGGAAUACCGCCCCCUCGCUGA